UCGCGUCCCCCGACAUCGAGAUCCCACUUAUCCCCACCGUGCGGUCCGCAUCCUACGGCAGGGAAGCCAUGGCGGAGACACUCGUCUUCAAGGGCACGAUGCGGGGCCACUCGGACGUGGUGACGGCGAUCGCCACCCCGUUGGACAACUCCGACAUGAUCGUCUCCUCCUCCCGCGACAAGUCCGUCCUCGUCUGGCACCUCACCAAGGCCUCCCCGGUCGCCGUCGCCGGCGACUCCUCCGCCACCUCCGCCGUUCCCUCUUACGGCGUCCCCCGCCGGCGCCUCACCGGCCACUCCCACUUCGUCGAGGACGUGGUCCUCUCCUCCGACGGCCAGUUCGCCCUCUCCGGCUCCUGGGACGGCGAGCUCCGCCUCUGGGACCUCGCCACCGGCACCACCACCCGCCGCUUCGUCGGCCACAGCAAGGACGUCCUCUCGGUGGUCUUGUCCGUCGACAACCGGCAGAUCGUCUCUGCCUCCCGCGACCGGACCAUCAAGCUCUGGAACACCCUCGGGGAGUGCAAGUACACCAUCCAGGACGCCGAUGCUCACACCAACUGGGUCAGCUGCGUCCGCUUCAGCCCCAACACCAGCCAGCCCACCAUCGUGUCCGGCUCUUGGGACCGCACCGUCAAGGUCUGGAACCUCACCAGCUGCAAGCUCCGCAGCACUCUCACAGGCCACGGCGGCUACGUGAACGCCGUCGCCGUCAGCCCCGACGGGUCCCUCUGCGCCAGUGGCGGGAAGGACGGGGUCGCGCUGCUCUGGGACUUGGCGGAGGGGAGGAGGCUCUACUCGCUCGACGCCGGGGCCAUCAUUCAUGGUCUCUGCUUCAGCCCCAGCAGGUACUGGCUCUGCGCUGCCACCCAGGACAGCGUCAAGAUCUGGGACCUCGAGAGCAAGUCCAUCGUCCAGGAUCUGAGGCCAGAGAUGCCCACCAGCAAGAACCAGGUGCUGUUUCGAUGA